AUGGAAGACAGAUGUAAAUCGAUCAACAUGGGACCCUCAGGAGAAAAAGAUAAGGUUUUGUGUCAAUUGAGUGACUCGGACCACUUACAAAACCCAUAUGAUCUGAAACCGAUGGUGGGCUUUAUGUAUAGGGGUACUGAGAACAAGUGUUGUUUCAACAUGUGCUACAACAAUGCAACUUGCUUAGUUGGAUUUACGGACAAGGGAUACAAGUGUGCGUGUCCACCUGGUUACACGGGAGACCACUGUGAAAAAGAUGUAAACGAAUGUUCCACCAAAACCCACAACUGUAACGUCAACGCUGAGUGCAACAAUACCGAAGGUUCUUUUAACUGCAGCUGCAAGGUUGGGUUUAAUGGCGAUGGCAAAAAAUGCACAGAUGUAAACGAAUGUGCCACCGAUACCCACAACUGUGGUGUCCAUGCUCACUGUAAUAAUACCGAAGGUUCCUUCAACUGCAGCUGCAAAGAAGGGUUUAAUGGCGAUGGCAAGAACUGUACAGAUAUAGACGAGUGUAUCUCGAACACCCACCGUUGUCACAAAAGAGAAAUUUGCAAUAACACAGAUGGCUCCUACUCGUGCGAAUGCAAAAGCGAGUUUAACUGCACUUUCAAGGCCGUUUUUACAAACCUCAACACCAGUGGAAGAAUUGGUCCAACAACGCUGGGUAGUCACUACACAGGACAUGAUCAUGAUGGACAAGUUGUACUAUCCAGCGGCGUUCAACAGUGGACUGUGCCGUACAUUGGUGACUACAGAAUAGAGGCAAUAGCAGCUGCAGGAGGGUACGAUAGACACACUAACAGUACUCAGUACCGAGGGAGAGGAGCAAGAAUGACUGGAACGUUCCGCUUAAACAAGGGUGAAGUCAUUCAGAUACUUGUUGGUCAAGAAGGAGGAAUAAACACGAAAAGAUUUUCGUCUGGAGGUGGGGGAGGAACGUUUGUGGUGAGAGAAGCCAAUACACCUUUGAUAAUAGCUGGAGGCGGAGGAGGGGUAAAUAGAGUUUUAUCAAGUCAUGAAGGAUGUGACGCUAGCACAAACACCGCAGGGAAUCCUGGAUACAAAUCAUGGUCAGGGGGGAGCAAUGGACAUGGUGCACAGACUGCUGAUUAUGAUGCUUCAGGUGGUGGUGGUGGCGGGUUUUACUCCAGUGGAAGAAGUGGAAAGAAUUUUAAUGGCACCAAAGGUUUUGGUGGAGAAGGUGGUAAGGGAUUUAUGCAGGGGGGGGUGGGUGGAAGAGCCAGGUUUCACGAUGUCGAUGGUGGGUUUGGUGGAGGUGGUGGAGCCUAUGGAUGGAGAGGAGGGGGAGGAGGAGGAGGAUACUCUGGAGGAAGCAGUGGAAAAGGGACUAAUGAUUCCUGUGGGGGUGGGGGAGGCUCUUACAACAAUGGAAAUAACCAGGACAAUGAAUGUUGUUUCAACAACGCUGGUCAUGGUCAAGUGACUAUUACGUUCCUGAAGUAAAAAAAAAACGUUUAUCUAAUAUGAUAAUGGCACUUAGAACUCAGCUUUCAUUGAUUGGCAUUCUAAUUGACUGAUGGCACUCAGUUAACGUGCCAAAUGAAGUGUAACUGUUUCAUUUUUUAACCUUCUGAGAAACACAAAAGUCACGCAUCUUAUCUUUCAUUUGUUUACUUUUAGCCAUCAUUUCUUUCGGUCAUCUAUUACAUUAACUGAGCCCGGCGCUUUUUUAGAGUUGAAAGUACAGAUAGGGUUCUAAAACUUUAAAUAAUGAAGAAAUGCUUUUUUCCAGAAGUCGACUCUCACUCCUUAUACUUUUUCACCAAGGUCUUAAGGAAAGAUCACAAUAUCGCACAGACCAACUAUCACACUGUACAACCUAGAACGAUUAGGAAUAAUUCCAGAUGAUUAUAUCUUCUGGAAGCCUAGGAUUGAGUUUUGCCUGUUCUUUCAUAUCAAUCCUUUGAUUCGAAUCUUUACUGACCUUCUUUUACCGAUGUUCAGUGAGAUCAGUGAAAAUUUUGAGAUCAAACAGUAAAGACGCCUAUUACAAUGUAACAGUCUGGAAUCGGUAUGGCUUUUCGAACGUAGCACUAACCUUAACAUUGGAAACGUGUUGUCAAAUGAUGAAGACUAGCAUGAGGGGAUAAUGACACGCACGAUUUUGUCAAAGUUGAGAUCCCUCCCGUGCGCUUUGAGGAAAGAAAUCAUUUGCAAAUUGGUAUAACAAUCGGUAAACCAAAUGGGUUGCUACGGCAACGUUGUAAAUUUGCGUGUAAAAUUGGAAAUUAUGGACCAGAAUUAAGUAGGAAGUAUUCACAAGUGCUUCAUUUAACGACAGUUCUUUUAAAAGUAUUGUUAGUUUCGUAAAAAAAAGGUUCUUUUAAAGUGUGAGGUAUACAUAAUUUUUUGAAUAACGGAAUAAUAAUCCCUAUCUCUGUAAUAAUAAUUUAUAUCAUACGCUUUGACAGUCUGUUCUGAGUUUAAGGAAAACAUACUAUGUAUUUCGUAGAAGUACUUGUUAUAAACAGAAAGAUGUCGUUGCAAUCGGCGAAAAAGGUGUCUGUUUGACCUAUAAUCUUUCCGUUGAAUACUGAAUUGUUUUAGCCACCUAUCGAGCAAUUGCAAAAAAGACCACGGGCUCUUAUAGGGAGCUAGUAACAUUUGGAAAAGAAACAUUUUAUUUUAAAGAUCUUGAAAUAAAUGAUAAGUGUCAAACGGGUUUUAUGAAAUGGCUGCAAUGUCUGUGGUGGCCGAUGACAUUACUUACAUUUGCCAUUAAGAAAUAUAUUGUGAAAUAAAGAAACGUGAGGUUAAAACUUUCAUUCACAG